UCACCCACCACACUGCAGCUGAUUGGCUGCUUGACUCGCCCCCUUGCCAAAGGAGCCAAUGAGAUUGCGGCACGGCCAGGCAACAUGGUCAGGUCCAUCUACCGUGUCUCAAGUCUCAAACUGGACAAUUUGCUCGUCUCAUCUUGUUAAUCAGUCAACAGCCUGGGGGAGCAAUCCACUCAAGUCUCUGCUUCUUCCAGCAUGUUGAAGAAAAUACAGUAUAAAAGCACAACCUUGUCUCCACAUGAGGGUCACAACUCUCACCAUGAUGCACAUGUCUGUCUUCCUGCUGCUGGUCUCCAGUGCCUCUGCAUCCCACUACUAUGGGGGUUUCUUGACCUUUACCCCCAAAGGACUCAACCCUGAUGGAUCUCUCACGGUGGAAAUUCUCUAUAGAGAAGCCUACCGUAUCUGCUUUCCAUAUCAAACAUGGUAUUGCUACAGUGGGAACUGUGGUAUCACCACCAGAAGUGUCACUGGUCAGAUAGCCUCCUAUUCUGGUCCCUCAUAUUCCUGGUGCCAACUGGAAACUAUUCUGAUCAAGAACGUUCCAACAGACUCACCGUUUGAGAUGCGUGAAGCAAGCUGUUGCUGGAUAUAUGCGCCAAACAAUAAUGGACAAUGGAACCUGUUUGCACAUAUUGAUCUUGGCACCCGAUCCGACACUAGGAAACCCAACUCAUCCCCAGUUACCACAAUCCCACCCUUCAUCCGGGUUCUUCAGAACUGUCCGCAAACAAUCAACAUCUUGGCACAUGACCCAGAUGGGGACCAUGUGAGAUGCAGAUAUGGAACAGUGCAAAACAUGGAGUGUGGGACUUGUUACAAUGACCCAGAUUUCUACCUGGAUGAAAAUUUGUGCACUUUGAAAUACAACAAAUCAAACAUAAUUGGACCCCAUAUUUUUGAGCUGGUCCUUGAAGAUUACCCUACACGGCCGAUUACGGUGUCUCACAUGAACGGCAUGUCACUGACAAAAUAUCCAUUCCAUACCUCCUCCAAUGGCUCCAGCUCUCCAACCACGACUGCACCUGAUCCACUCAGCAAGAUCCCUCUACAGUUUGUAGUUGUGGUGGACCAAGCAUCUCCAUCAUGUACACCUGGACAGUAUAUUCCAAAAUUUGUGUUCCCUACUCCUGGUAAUGGGGAAUCUCUCAGUGCUCCAGUGAAAAAAGAAAUGAAAUUCAUAAUUAACGCUACAGCCAUAUAUGCAAUGUUAAGUGCCAUCGUCAUCACUGGCCCUCUGAACAUGACAGAGUAUGUCACCAUGCAUGGUCAUUUUGCUGAAGCUGUUAUAAAAUGGACCCCAACAGAUGAUGACCUCGGCGAUAAUGUUCCCAUCUGCUUCACAGCUCAAAGUACAUUUGGGACCAGCACCUUUGAAUCUGAAAUGAGAUGUCUCACCGUCAUUGUUGUCCACAGCAUUGGCACAGGUACGGCCAGCGUCUUCUGCACGGAGGGGACAAUGACAGUGGAGGUAGACAAGUCCUCUGUCCCUGGACUCCAUGAGGAAAAUCUACAUCUGAAAGACCCACUGUGCACUCUGACCUCCAACAGCACCCACGUCAUUGGCAUCAUGUCCCUGAACUCCUGCGGAACAGAGGUUGAGGAGGACAACACAACCAUCACCUUCAAAAAUGAGAUUAUAUCAUUCGAGAGUGCUGAUGGCAUCAUAGCCAGGACAAAUGACGUGAGAAUCGGCUUCUCGUGCAACUACCCCAAAAGGGGCCAGUCGUAUUUCGAGUUCACCGUACACAAGAUUCCCUUUGUGUUCACGGAGAAAGGCUUUGGCACCUUCACCUACCAGUUUGAGAUCUUCCACAGCAGUCUAUUCAACAGCAUGGUGGACCCCAGCACUUACCCCGUGGAAGUAAACCUGGGGGAGAUGAUGUAUCUGCAAAUUGUAGCAACCGCCCAGCUCUCCAACACCAUACUGUUUGUGGAGAGCUGCAGGGCCACCCCAUCCGAUAACCAUAAUUACCCCAUCUUCUACAGCAUCAUUGAGAACGGGUGCAUUGUGGAUGAUACAGUUGUUAUAUAUGCAGGCAACCAGACGGUAUUCAGGUUUGGAAUGGAGGCUUUCAAAUUCAUCGGGUUGCAUGAAAGGGUCUACAUCACCUGUUCCGUCAUCCUGUGCGAAGCUGGAAAUCACACCAGGUGCUCGCAGGGUUGUGUCAAUGGCACGGCCACCCCUGCUCCCCACUACCGUCGCAGGAGAGCGGCCAUAACCGAGACCUCCAGCCACUUCAUCUCCCAGGGGCCUUUGCAGCUCAGGAGGAGUUCAGACAGUAUAGGUUCCAGUCUGACUUUGAACAUGAAUGUGGUCUUCAUUGCUGGAGCGCUCCUCGUUGCUCUUGCCACGGUGUGUGGAGCGCUGAUGUACCGGACAAAGAUGUCAGCUUUGAAAUACCAGAAACUUCCAUCCACUGAGUUUUGAGCAAUGACCAGAGUCCUACCAGGAGACACCUGAUGACUCUGACUCACUUUUGCUGAACCUCAAGAUGAAGUCAUGACCAGGGUUCAUCCUUUACAAGUGAAGGGUUGAAAUCCUAGUCUCUAAAACAUCCUUCUGCUUAAUGAAUUAAUGAUGAAAUUACACUUAAUCCGAACUUAAUCUAAAUCACCUAUUCAUUACCUGUUAAAUGAAACUUAAUUCUUGAUUUUUUUUGGGAGAUGUGAAUGUUACUGCUGUCGUUUGUGAACAUAUGGGUGUCUUUGUGGUAGCAAACAAUUAGCCAUUUGUUACGUGAGGGUGAUUCCCUUUACUUCCAUUUAGCUCAGUUGAUUUAUGACUCUGAUUCGUUUAUUUACAACUUUCACAUAUUCUUACAAUUCCAGCCUAUAUUGGAUAAAUAAAAGUUGGUCAUGUAUGACCUAAGGUCCUCUUGCAGCGAAGUAGCUCAUCUUUGGUUUAAAAUACCAGAUGAUUCUAACUACGUAUGUCUCAUUUCUUGAAAUGACAAAAUACAUACA